AUGCUUCUGGAAGCGGCCCACGGCAACAAUCACAACCCGCACCAUCUGCUGCAGCCCCCGCCGGCACCGCACCCGCACCACCAUCCCCUGCACCCGCAGCAUCCGCACUCGCAGGCCGCAGCCAUGGUGGCGGCAGUGCAGGCGGCGGCCGCCCUCACGGCGGUCAAAAGUGCAACGAACUUCUCGAUCGCGGCCAUCAUGGCCCAGGGCAACAGUAAUCCCAACAACAACAACAACAACAACAGCAACAAUGGAAACAGUAACAACACGGCGGCGGCGGCCAACACCAGGAUCGAAGAAAGCAAUUACCGACCCCGCUCGCGCACACCGGAGCGUUCGUCGGAGGUGGCCGAAGAGGAGAUCAACGUGAACGUGGAGGACUGUAGCGAUUCGGAGGAAAGCACAGAGCAGGCACGCGAAACCCACUCGAGGACGGCAUCGACACCGGCUAGCGUCUCGGAUGAGGAUCGUCUGUCGCCGGAAAUUGCGCAGAAAGCGCCGAAAAUCGUUGGAUCCUGUAACUCGGACGAUUUGCGACCGGUGCAGUGUCAUCUGGAGACGAAGGAGCUGUGGGAUAAGUUCAACGAGCUUGGAACCGAGAUGAUCAUCACCAAAACUGGACGUCGGAUGUUCCCCACUGUUCGCGUAUCCUUCUCAGGUCCGAUGCGUCAUCAGACGGCGGCCGACCGGUACGCGGUCCUCCUAGACAUCAUUCCACUCGACAACAGGCGAUAUCGGUAUGCCUACCAUCGCUCGGCCUGGCUAGUGGCCGGAAAGGCAGAUCCACCUCCACCGGCUCGGCUUUACUCUCAUCCCGAUACUCCCCUCGGGCCGGACGCACUCCGGCGGCAAGUGAUUUCCUUCGAGAAGAUCAAGCUCACCAACAACGAGAUGGACAAGACGGGCCAGAUUGUGCUGAACUCGAUGCAUCGCUACCAACCUCGCAUUCAUCUGGUGCGCAUCGGACCUAACCAGUCGGUUCCUACGAGCCCUGCUGAGCUGCAGGAACUCGACCACAAGACGUUCGUGUUUCCGGAGACGAUCUUCACGGCGGUGACGGCGUACCAGAACCAGCUGAUCACGAAGCUCAAGAUCGACUCAAACCCGUUCGCCAAAGGGUUCCGGGACUCAUCACGGCUGAACGACUUUGAUCGUGAUCCGAUGGAGUCCUUCCUGUUGGAGCAACAUCUACGUUCGCCGUUGCGCCUCUUUCCGGAUCAGGUGAUGGCACAGCUCGGCGGGGCCGGAGGCGGCGGUCUACCACCCUCGAUGCAGUCCGGAGAUCCUUCCGUGCUCCUGGAGAAAGCCCGCCAGCAGCUGCACCUCUGGGGCAACCCUCAGGCCGCCUACAGCGAGCUCAUGCUCCAACAGCUCUACCACCAGCGUCCGAACUUCGGGCUCAACUUUGGCCCACUCUGGCAGAGCCAGUGGCCGACCCAGCUGCCACCCGGAUUCCUCCCGAACGUGGCACCCCCACCGGCCCACACCCCGGCCAUGCAGGGAGUAGCGGCCGCCGCCGCCGCCGCUGCCGCCGCUGCAGCCGCCGCCAACGGUUCCGGUCCGAGUUCGUCACCUUCCGCGACGCAAUCGUCCGGACCAUCGGUAUCUCCCGAGGUGCGACCAAAGUCGUUCGCCCGCUUCACGCCCUACCAAAUCCCGCAGCAUCCUUCCUCACCCGCGCCACCACCAAACCCCGGCCACCCGCACCACUCGCCCGCCACACGCUCCGGUUCGCCCGGAUCCUCACGAUCUCCUUCGCAUUAG